UUUCAAGCGUACGUCUACGCUGUGUUCACUGACGAGCAAUUCCGCCCCGGCGCCGCCGUAACUCACUCCCCUGCCGUUCACAGUUUCAAGCAACCUUCCGUUCGAUUUUUCAAUUGGUAAUUAACGUGUAAACAUAAACCUGCUUUCUGAUAAAAUUCAAUUGCACAAACAUAUACAUGAUCCAUAUUUACAUACAUACAUGCAUUGGUUCGUAUUUUGAUAUGUAAGAUCUGGGCAAUCUGUGACGAAUUAUUUUAUUAUUGUGAAAUUAGAAUGGCGAGAGCGAUUCGAUCGUUCGAGCUGAACCCCGGCGCCAAAAUCCCAUCAGUUGGACUUGGCACGUGGAAGGCGGCUCCCGGUGUCGUUGGUGAUGCCAUCACCGCCGCAAUUAAGGCAGGGUAUCGCCACAUUGACUGUGCACAGAGAUAUGGGAAUGAGAAGGAGAUUGGUGAUGUACUCAAAAAGUUGCUUGAAGAAGGGGUAGUGAAGCGAGAGGAUUUAUGGAUUACUUCUAAACUAUGGUGUACGGAUCAUGCUCCAGAAGACGUACCUUUGGCUUUAAACAGAACUUUGAAUGAUUUGAAGCUUGACUAUGUUGAUCUUUAUCUGAUGCACUGGCCAGUUAGAAUGAAGAAAGGUUCUGUUAGAUUCGAACCGGAGAAUCUUGUUGAAACUGAUAUACCGAGUACAUGGAGAGCAAUGGAAGCACUGUAUGAUGCCGGAAAGGCACGAGCUAUUGGUGUUAGCAAUUUUUCUAGCAAGAAACUUUCGGAUUUGUUGGACGCAGCACGUAUUCCGCCAGCUGUCAACCAGGUGGAAUGCCAUCCUUCAUGGCAGCAGCCACAGCUACAUGCGUUCUGUAAAUCUCGAGGAGUUCAUCUAUCCGGAUAUUCGCCUCUUGGAUCGUCUGGCCAAACCACGGUAAAAAAUGAAGUGUUUAAGAAUCCGAUUCUGAAUUUGGUUGCUGAGAAAUUGGGAAAGACUCCGGCACAAGUUGUUCUUCGAUGGGGUUUGCAAAUGGGCCAUAGCGUGCUUCCAAAGAGCACUAACGAAGAGAGGAUCAAACAGAACUUUGAUGUGUUCGAUUGGCAUAUUCCGGAAGAUCUGUUUGCCCGAUUCUCAGAAUUUGAGCAGGUGAAACUUAUUACAGGAACUACGUUUGUUGACCAGACUUUUGGCUCCUAUAAAACCAUAGAUGAGUUAUGGGAUGGUGAAAUCUGAGAAACUUCACUCUGCAAUGUUUUACUCAGGAGAAAGUUUUUUUUUUCCUUAUUAAUAAAAUAUAGGAAUACAAAAUCAACAAUUAAUAUUUAAAAACUACUUAUAAUAUAUUGAUAUGGAAAAAUUAUAGAUAUAAUGGAAGCUGGAAGAACAUUUUGAUAGUACUGUACUGAGGAAUUUUUUAAUUUUUUAUUUAAUUUUUAUUUAAUUUUGCAGUCUAG